UCUGUUUUGAAAAUUGAAAGACCGACCAUUGUUUUGAUAGCUUUUUAGUGGAUCCAUUUUCCAAGUUUUCAUUUUGGUGCAUUUAUCAUUGCCAUUAUUCAUUUGACCAGUUGCAAUUGCAAAAGAAUCAACAUGGUCACCAUAGGAAAUGCGUUUACGCCAGUCGAUGGGAUAGUCUAUUCGGCCACGGAUAUAAAACUGAAGAUAGGCACCGAUGUCAUUCCUUCGUUGGGUACACUGCACCUAACAUAUAGUUCGUGCAUUUGGAGCUGCGAAGAACGGAACAGUAGCAUUUCCAUCCCGUGGCCACGGGUGGGAGUGCAAGCCAUUUCAUCCACACCCGGCGAAGGUAUCUUUGUGAUGCUGGACAUAGAUCUCGUUUGGCCGGGAUUCUAUCAGGGGCGGCCGGAGCACAACGGCAACGCACACCCGGAAGACGACGAGGGUCUGGAAAACGAAGAUGACGAGGGUCAUGAAUCGGAUGCAUCGGAAGCGGCAAUGACAGAAAUGUGGUUCCAGCCGAGAAGUUCACAGAACGUUGACGAGAUUUUCAGUGCCAUGCGAGAAUGCCAGAGCCUGAAUCCCGGAUCGGAAGUUAGUGAGGACGAAGAUUACAUGGAGGCGGAGGAAGAAGAUUUGCAGGAAGUAGGAGAAAUGCAAAAUCUGCAGCUCGAUGAUGAAGACAAAUUCGCUGACGCUGAAGAGUAAGCAAAAGCGUGAUCUCAUUCAUAACUGUACCAUGCUGAAUCUAAAGGCUUAAAGUCGGAAAAAUUAAGAUGAUGAUAAUGCUGCUGAAAAUGAUGGUUUACUAGAUUCGAAUUUGAGAUAUAAAUAUUGUCGGCAAAAAUCUUCCGUGGAAAGAAAACUGAAAGCAUAUUUUCAUUUGCAUUUGCCAUUUGGAUCACCGGAAGUCGUUAAAACAUACAUUCUCAUUCAGAGAUGCUCUGAACUCAUUAGAAUACGGAUUUGCUAAAAAUUGUUGGUAACUAAGUAAAACAAAAUAAAGCGUAAUAAAAUCGUAUCCUUGUUGGGUCAAUAAUA